UACAGCGGCUGUAACAGAAGAAAAAUUUCUAUCCGGUUUCCAAAAGUAUCCGCUGCAUUUUCUUGAUCAGCAUCAAACUGGGCACAACAUGAGUUUUAAGCUAAGUGGAAACACAAUAACCUAAAUUGUGUUGGAAAUUUGAAGAAGUUCUACGCCAACGAACUCGCAUGAUGAAGGUAAAGAUCCGACAGUGGAACGGAGUGGCCUCUUGGUUGUGGGUGGCUAAUGAUGAAAACUGUGGGAUCUGCAGGAUGCCUUUCAAUGGCUGCUGCCCGGAUUGUAAGGUGCCGGGGGAUGACUGCCCACUGGUCUGGGGUCAGUGCUCCCACUGUUUCCACAUGCAUUGCAUUUUGAAAUGGCUGAACUCGCAGCAGGUCCAGCAGCAGUGCCCCAUGUGCCGACAGGAGUGGAAGUUCAAAGAAUAAACCUGAGGUUCCCGCAGAGACUCGCUGAGGGCUGUUCUUGGAUUUAAUUUUUAUACCGGUUGUACAUAACUGUUUUUGUAUUCCUUAUUUGUUGUAAUGCAACAGGACAUUCAGAACUUCUGUUGACAGAAUUAGUAUGUGAUUAAAUAAAAUAAACCUACUUUCAAAUGCA